UAAAAUCCCUUCGCCUCGCCCGCAAUUUCUUCCGCCUUUCUUAGCAAUAACUCUUUUCUCUCUACCGUUUACUUUCUACCAAGCCGCCGUGGCACUCUGGUUAUGUCCGCCGACCGCCGCCCACAACCUGAGAGCCCCCUCUCCUCCUCCGCUCUCGGCUUCCCCCGUCUCCGCUUCUUCCGCUACCGCCGCCUAAGGUAAUAAGCUUCGCACAGAUACAUACACUCAACACAUAUAUAUAUAGAGAAGAAAGUAUAGUAGCGUAGUAUACGAAAUGCCGUCGCCCAAGAAUCACCGGAAAGUGGUCCACGAGAAGAACAAGAAGGGGAGGUUGUCGGAGAAGGCGUCGUCGUUUCACGGUAAAGGUGCCGGAGUGGUCGCCGAGAUGCUCCCCAGGCCAAGAACGGUGCCGGAGUUGCUCGCAGGGAGAAGAGCCGGCGGAACCGCGGUGGAUGAGGGGGUGGCGCAGGGCAAGCCACCCAAGUUCACAAAGCUGCUGCUGAACGUGACGAUACAGAGGAGCCUUGGGCCUGUGCACGUGUUGAUGUCGCCGGAGGCAACCGUGGGGGACUUGAUUGCGGCGGCGAUCCGGCAGUAUGUGAAGGAGGCGCGGCGGCCUGUUCUUCCUUCCACCGAUGCUUCUGCCUUCGACCUCCAUUACUCACAAUUCAGCUUAGAAAGUUUGGACAGGGAGGAGAAACUAAUGGAGUUGGGUUCAAGAAACUUCUUUCUAUGUCCAAAGAGGGCAGCGGCGGAGAGCGGCGGCGCAGCCGUGACUUCAAACUGUUCAAAAGAAGCUGGUCCGGCGACCAAGAAGGGUUUACCAUGGCUGAAAUUCAUGGAUUUUUUGCUGUAACUCAGCUUAUUUACCAGUAAUUCUUUGCAAAUUGUUAGGUAAAAAGAUUGAAAAAGCUGUAAAAAUAGUGAAAUUCUAGAUUAUGUCAAUUAGGUCGGCACCAAUGUUUUAGCAUAUGAUUCAGCAGUAAAAUGAGGUGGUGGUGAAAUCAAGAAAAGGACAAAGUAUGGUGUCGUUUUGUCCCCCAUGUAAGUCCAAAUAAAUGUCCCCACUUGAUAUAUAUAUUAUAUAUAUUGUAGCUUUUGGCAUUGCAAUCAAUGGCAUUUUCCCGUGAA